ACUGGUUGCCGUAUGGAUGCACAGAGGGCUUCUGUCAGACUGCUAAGAAGAUGGCGAAGCACACAACCUCCAGAUGAAGAUACCAGAAAAGACCUUUAUGAGAGACUCAUACAUGUCAUGAAAGUAGAUCCUUCAGAUAAAAUCUUUCGACAGCAUAUCUCAGAUGUAAUUCAAGGAACUGAUCAAGAUCUGUACGUCUGUCUUGGUGAGGGUAUAGACAAUGUGACAGGGAACAUCAACAGUGGUGUGAAGAAACCAUUCAACGGUGACGACGAAGCUAGCAUUGAUUGGAUCAGCCAACUGAACAGCGAACACUCAGCUCUAACAGCGGUCUCUGCUUCUAAUAACGAACACAAUAGAGAGAGAUAUAAAAGAGUAUCAAGCAUGAAUUCAAACCAAGAUAUAAAGCAAGGCAUGCAGGAAGGUUCUGUAGAAGAGGCACCUUCACCAUCCUUAAGUGCUCACCAAGAAGGUGAUGACAUUACUCCGGGUUCAGGAGCCUUUGUUAAUAACCAUGCAGAGGGAAAAGAAAAUGGUCUGAAUCCUUUAUCUAAGAUCAUGCCGAUGAAAGAAUCAAUCAAGUCAUCUAAAACAGUAAGCUCGGCAUCUGAAAAGGGACCUAGCAACAAGAGACCGAGUAGAGAACAAAUAUAUAUUGAAGUUUCUCCUUGCAUGCCUUGCUCAGAGUCCAGCGAACUCUUUUCCGAAGAUUCUAAUAGAAAACUAAAACAAGAUAUGGAAGGAGGUGCUGCACCGCUAUCCCCAUGUCAAGAAAUUGUAAGUGUUACUGUGGAUUCAGGUUCCUUUGUGAUGAACCCUAUCGAUGAAAGGGAAAAUGAAGUGAUUUCGUCAAUGAAAGAUUUUGAAAUGAGAGAAUCAGUCACGAUAUCUGAAGCAAUAAGUUCGGAAUCUAAUAAGGGACCAGGCAAAAAGAGACCGAGUAGAGAACAAAUAUAUAUUGAAGUUUCUCCUUGCAUGCCUUGCUCAGAGUCCAGCGAACUCUUUUCCGAAGAUUCUAAUAGAAAACUAAAACAAGAUAUGGAAGGUGGUGCUGCAUCGCUAUCCCCAUCGCCAUGUCAAGAAAUUGUAAGUGUUACUGUGGAUUCAGGUUCCUUUGUGAUGAACCCUAUCGAUGAAAGGGAAAAUGAAGUGAUUUCGUCAAUGAAAGAUUUUGAAAUGAGAGAAUCAGUCACGAUAUCUGAAGCAAUAAGUUCGGAAUCUAAUAAGGGACCAGGCAAAAAGAGACCGAGUAGAGAACAAAUAUAUAUUGAAGUUUCUCCUUGCAUGCCUUGCUCAGAGUCCAGCGAACUCUUUUCCGAAGAUUCUAAUAGAAAACUAAAACAAGAUAUGGAAGGAGGUGCUGCACCGCUAUCCCCAUGUCAAGAAAUUGUAAGUGUUACUGUGGAUUCAGGUUCCUUUGUGAUGAACCCUAUCGAUGAAAGGGAAAAUGAAGUGAUUUCGUCAAUGAAAGAUUUUGAAAUGAGAGAAUCAGUCACGAUAUCUGAAGCAAUAAGUUCGGAAUCUAAUAAGGGACCAGGCAAAAAGAGACCGAGUAGAGAACAAAUAUAUAUUGAAGUUUCUCCUUGCAUGCCUUGCUCAGAGUCCAGCGAACUCUUUUCCGAAGAUUCUGAUAGAAAACUAAAACAAGAUAUGGAAGGUGGUGCUGCAUCGCUAUCCCCAUCGCCAUGUCGAGAAAGUGUAAGUGUUACUGUGGAUUCAGGAUCCUUUGUGAUGAACACUGCCGGUGGAAGGGAAAAUGAAUUGAUUCCGUCAAUGAAACAUUUUGAAAUGAGAGAUUCAGUCACGUCAUCUGAAGCAAUAAGUUCGGAAUCUAAUACGGGACCAGGCAAAAAGAGACCUAGUAGAGAAUCACUAUUCUCGAACCAAUGUCAAGAUGUUAGGAAUCUAUGGUCGGAUUCAGAAACCUCUGUGAAGAAUAGUACUAGUGGAAAUGAGUUGGAGUCAAACCCCUUGACGGCGGAACAAAAGGUGAAAAAAUCAUUUUCUGAAAAUGGUAUUGACUUUGUUCUUGAUACAUACAAACCACUAUCUGAUGACGAGGUCUUUAACGUUGCUGAGGAUAUCGAAUCAGACGCCCAGAUCGAAGCUCUUGGUGCUGCUCUAAUGUUUUCGAGAGCCGACAUCAACCGAUACCUGGCUACAAACCAGGUACUAGGACGAAAAACGAGCCAAGGAAGCCGUACAAUGCUGUUCGAUUGGCGUCAGACGAUGAGACUUCGGGAUCAACGCCCUUCUUUCAAAGGAGCUCUGGUUCGAGCAGGACUGGUCAUGAUUGCAGAUCAGUACUUUCCAGACGUUCAAGGAAUGACAGAAACUUCAAGCAAGGAAAACUUUGAUGAACACGGGAGUACUUUGAGAAAUCUGGCGAGAGCCAUCGAAAACGAUGCACAACUGCAUGCCCUUGGUCGAGAGCUCGGUUUUAGGAAGGUUGAACUGGAUAGGUUUUCUGCGUCGAACAUGACAGAAGGGACAGUUACGUGUAAAGGAAAUACUGACAUGCUUUAUGAAUGGCGCCAAAGAGUGAUCCCUUCGGAGAUACCCACUAGACUUAAGAAAGCGUUACGCCAAUCCGGUCUAGUGUUCCUAGCUGAGAAGUAUUUUCCAGACAUUUUGCAACCCGAAGAGCCUUCUUUGGACACCUUGAGCGCAAAAACUACGGCAAUAGCCUACCUAAGGAAACAUAUGGUUGACUAUUACACGAUGGUAACAUGUCAGAUUCAGAGAAAACCUUGGGACCCGGAAGAUUUUGCUGAUUUGAAGAACCUCUUUACCAAUAUUAUCGUCUACUUCGUAAACAAGAUGACGGGUGGGGCAAUGAAAGAGUUUCUUCCUGGGUGUAUCAAUGAUGUGUUCCGGGUGAAGGUCAACGGACGUCUUCCAAACAGGAUCCUCUUGAUUGCAGCAGCCGGAAUGGGCAAGACCUGUGCUGUGGCAAAGAUGGCAUAUGACUGGGCGUAUCAGGAAGAGAACUCUCCACUUAACGAUAUUCCUCUCUUCUUUGCUCUAAAGCUUAGGGCGGCUGACGAAGACAUGUCACUUGGUGAAGCUAUCCUCUCCGAAACACUUGGAAACAUACAUGGAGUGACCCCAGAAUCACUAGAAGAUUUCAUUGGAAGACAUGAAGAGGACUGUGCAAUGGCAUUGGAUGGAUAUGAUGAGUACAAGGGAAAGUUGUCUUUGAGGAACCCAAAGAGCAGUAUCACACAGGCGAUUGGAAACAGAAUUUACAGGUCCUGUCGCAUUAUUGUCACCAGUCGGCCAUAUCUUGAAAAUGAGUUUGCAAUUCCAGGACUGGCCAGAAUCUACACAAAGAUGGAGAUCAAUGGAUUCACACAAUCCCAGGUGCAGUCAUUCAUCAAGAAAUAUUUCAUGUUGAAGUCAAAACCGGAAGAGUUUCGCAGAUUAACAGGAUUCCUGCUGGAGAACGCAUUUAGUCAAACCAUCAUGAACACUCCACUCUUCUGUAUGAUGAUUUGUCAUCUCUGGGAAGAAGGUCUUCUUACUCAGAUUUCUUCUUUGACAGGAUUGUUUGAUACCAUCAUUCAGUUUCUACUAACACAUUCAAAAGCCAAGGAUGAUACGUUUGAAUGUGACAUUCAAGGUCUCCUUCAGGGUCUCGGAAAGUUAGCAAUGUCUGGACUCUUGAAGGAAGCACAGAAAGUGGUCUUCGAAGGUGCUGAUCUUGAAGGGAUAGAAGAGAGCGAGGGCAUUGGUAUCACACUCGGUCUGUUGUCAAAGCAGACAAAUCCAGCCAGGAAUAUUACGAACGGGAAAACCUCUAGGACAUACGUCGAGUUCUUCCACAAAAUGGCACAAGAGUAUUGUGGAAGCAAAUUCUUGGCUAGUUCUGAAGAUGACCUCGACUCCUUCCUGAAAGUUGUAUGUAAAAGUAGAACACCCCUCAUGUAUGCCAAUAUCCUUCGCUUCCUCGCAGGCUCAGGUGACGACGAUAUUCUGAUAUCCUCCAUUCAACACAUUUUACAACUUGAAGAGAGAGUAAUGAGCAAAGAAAUCAAGCACAGGCUCCUCCUGGAUUGUAUUUGUGAAGCCAGAGGGGAUAUUUCGAAUUCAACGUCUAACUUUCCAACUCUCUUUGACAAUGGCAAAAUAUGUUUGCAGUCAUUAUCUCCUAGUGCCGUAAUAGGCCUGACAAGACUACCACCAACUGUUAGAAGACAGAUCACGUCAGCAGAUCUCAUGUAUUGCAAUCUGCCGUCCAAUCUUACACGGAUCAUUUUACAUGGUCUACAAUCUUGUGACAAUCUGGAAGAGAUGAAGGUGUGGGAGUGCAGUCUAAAAAAUCCUCCAAUACUCCAGCUUCCUGCAGUCAGGCGUAUCCUUAUUGGACACCUCGACGAUUCUCAGGAAUAUUCCUCACUCAUCGCAGCAGUUCCAAACGUGCAAACUCUCAGCUUGGAGAGUUGUCCAAACUUUGACACCCUUCAACAUGUCCUUCAAUCAUUCAUGAAAGGACUCAAAAAGUGCAAUCGUCAGCUUCGCAGUCUUCUGGUGUCUGGAUGUCGAGGGGAACUGUCUUCGUUGUGUGCCAAGGAGCUUAUCGACUGUCUAAUGUUAGAAGCGCCACUUUUGGAAAAGCUGGUGCUGUUCAACGUCAAUUUUGAUUGGAAGGAUCUGCGAAUAUCUAUUACGAGAAUGAGACGAAUGACAAGUCUGAGGGAGAUUGGAAUUGAGUACUGUAGAACCACAGAAGACGGAUACUUUGAAAAGAGUCUUCGAGACAUCGCUUCAGCUGAUGGCGAGAUUAAGGUGACAUUACGUCAUGCUUACCAAAGAAGCAAGAUCUACAGAAUUCAUCCUCUUCCGUAGCUAUCACAAAGACAUCGUAUAGACCUGUACCUUAGAGAAGUGCGGUCAAAUAAGGAGGCUGAAGAUUUCGUCCUAUUCAUCAUGUGUAUUCUCGGAUACGAUUCGGAGCAAUUCGUAUUGCUCUGCAUUUGGGUAGAGUUAGUAAAGAGAAAUUAAAUGUUUAUGAAUGUUCAUCCAUUACCAUGAUUGCUUUCUUAUCACUUUUCAUUUGUUAGAACUUUUUCAAUCUUUAAUAUGAUAUAUUGGCAAUGGACUUUAACAACUAACAGCUAUAUAGCUAACCCUAUUUUACGCCCAAUCAAAAGUUUAUGUGCACUUGUAUUGGUGUAUUGUUAUCAAUCUAAACCCGUAAUACUAGUUCAUGAUAUUUCUAAAAUUACCAUUUAGAAACAGGAGUUCAAUUUUCAACGUAGUACGGUUUAUUUUUAACCAUCCAAUAUUGAAAUUGUUGAGUGUACUUUA